UGGACGGCUCACCUUCAACCAGCAGUAAUGGGAGCAGACAGUAAGCACAAUGCCUCGACUGAUAACCCAAAAGAUAUAGAUUUUAGUUAUUUUGGUGGUGCAGACUCGUUGAACGAGGGUCGUGCACCGCGUCGGACAGCUAUCGCGUGUUCUACGGCAGCGGAUGAUGGAAAGUCAUAUGCUGGUCCACCACAAGACCCAUCGGAUUUUCUUUGGCUUCUCACGGAAGAGCCUCAUCGGAGUCGCAGGGCGGCUAUUAUGAAGGCACAUCCCGAGGUCGUAAAACUCAUGGGUCAUGAACCACUAACGAAAUGGAUCGUUCUUGGCGUCGUGAUGUUACAGCUCGGCAUUGCAUACGCGCUUCAAAGCACGCGUAUUCUCUCACCAAAGUUCCUUCUUUGCGCGUAUGUCAUCGGUGGAACGGCAAACCAUAAUAUGUUUCUUGCUAUCCAUGAGAUUACCCAUAAUCUCGCCUUCAAAAGUGUCAGGGCAAAUAAGCUUCUCGCUAUAUUUGCGAACUUACCGAUCGGGAUUCCUUAUUGUGCGAUGUUUAAAAGAUAUCAUAUUGAACACCAUAAGCACCUUGGCGAAGAUGGGAUCGAUACUGACCUGCCUACACACUUCGAACUGUUAUGUCUCAACAACGUUCUUGGGAAAGCGUUCUUUGCAACAUUCCAAAUCUUUUUCUAUGCACUUCGUCCUGGAUUCGUUCGCUCACAGACUCCAACCAUAUGGCAUUUCCUCAAUAUACUCGUUCAGGUCAUUUUCGACUAUAUCUUCAUCCGAUUUUGCGGCUUGCGUGCCUUCAUGUACCUCCUGCUGUCUUCUUUCUUCGCCGGUUCCUUGCAUCCAACAGCAGGUCAUUUCAUCGCGGAGCACUACGUCUGGGAUGGACUCUCUCAAGAAACGUAUUCCUACUACGGUCCUCUCAACUACCUCGCUUACAACGUCGGAUAUCAUAACGAGCAUCACGACUUCCCUAGUGUUGCAUGGACGAGGUUACCGAAGUUGAGGCAGCUUGCGCCCGAGUUUUACGACACCCUACCUUCACACCCGAGUUGGCCGAUGGUAAUUGUGAAUUUCAUCAGGGAUAAGGAGGUGGGCAUGUUUGCAAGGGUGAAGAGGAAGGACAAGGGCACGCCGAUUGUGCAUGUGUCCAGUCCGACGGUAGGGAAUAAGGAUUAGAAUAUGAGAAUAUGUAGAUACCAACACGGGGGGAGCUAUCUGCCCUGUCACUUAUUUUUCUAAUUGCGGAUCAGUUUCUUUCCGAAUUUAUGCA